CUGCUGCUGCUGCUGCUGCUGCUGCCAUGCCGCCAGCUGCAGGCGGCCUUGGAUUGCUGCUGCUCCUGCUGCUGCAGGGGCCCUCUUUCAUGUGCGUUGUGGCUGCUGCUGCUGCAGAGCCCGCAGCGCCUGGCGGCGGUGCUGCGGACGACGCUGCAGCAGCAGCGGCAGCAGCUGGUGCAGCGGCCCACGACUAACAGCAACAGCAGCAACAGCAGCAGCCUGGUUUUCGACACAGAACUCUCCCCAGGAGCGCACAAUGUGCUGAUGCUGCUGCUGCUGCUGCUGUUUGUUGCUUGGCUGCUAAAUGUGCUGCCGCGCAUGAUAUCUUUGCUGCACAUUAGAAAGCAUCUGGAGCUGCAGCCGGAAGCUUUGCUGCUGUCAGGGUUUGGCUGUUACCGCUCCGAGCUGCAGCAGCUAAUGCGCAUUCACUUCAAUAAGCUGCUGCAGCACAACAAGCCUGCUGCUGCUGCUGCUAUGCCCCUUGUGGAAGUAAAGGCUUUUGCCUAUGACCCCCUGCCACUGAACCAAGGGGAGUUGGAGGAGGCGCAGCAGCAGCAGCAGCAGCAACACGAGCUGCUGCUGCUGCACCAAGUGGAUGCUGCUCCUCACAGCAGCAGCAGCAGCCACGGCGGGUUCUUCGCUCCUGCUGCGGGCAGCUACAGCAGCAGCAGCAGCCACCGCAGGGAGCGCAGCAGCAGCAGCAGCAGCAGCACCUCGCAGCAGCGAGAGGCGCUGCUGAACACCCCGUCCGCUGCAUCUGCUGCUGCUGCUGCUGCAAGCGCUGCAGCCACUGCAGCAGCAGCAGCUACCGCUGCUGCGCUGGCAGGCGGGGGCUUUGAGGUGUCCGUUGAUGCUGCAGCAGCAGCAGCUGUUAGGGUUUACUGGGGAGUUGGAGAGAAGGCCAUGGACGCAUUUCUGAAGGGCAGCAGCAGCAGCGCUGAAGACUCGCUGCUGUCUGGCUCUGCCCGGCGCCUCGCGCGUUUUCUGCCCAGCAGCAGAAGCAGCAGCAGCAGCAGCAGCAGCAGCAGCAGCCGCCGCAGCAUUGCGCCUGCUGCUGCUGCUGAGGCAGCACCGGUGCCUUGGGGCCCAGAGGCCUACUGUCUCGCCUCUGCUGCUCAAAUAGUGCCUCCGGGCAGAGGCCACCGCCUUCGCUUUUUUACGCACGACCGAGAGAACACCGCGGGUCGCGUGUCUCCAGCUACAGGCCGCGUCUUCCCCUUGGUGAUCGUCGCCUCUGUGUGUUCUCCGCAAGGCGACGCUACACAGCAGCAGCAGCAGCAGCUAUUGCUACAGCAGCAGCUGCAGCAGCAGCAGCUGCAGCAGCAGCUGCAGCAGCAGCACUUGGUGGCCUAG